AUGAAGACCAUUUCUUCAUUCUCCCUGCUUGUCCUCUGCCUGGCUGCACUGCAACUGCACGCCAAUGCCUCCCACUCCCAGUCCCAGUCCCAGGAGGCUCAGCUCAAGAAAUUCAUCUCGUCUAGGAAGAACAGCGCCACCAGCAGCGACACGUUCCGAGUGCGUAACAUAGCUGACAGGGUUGCCGGCAGCCUGAGUGCGGAGAGCACCGUCUCUGACCAGAGCUCCAUGAAGGCCGCCGACAAGAUCACGGCGUUGCCCGGGCAGCCGGAGGGCGUCGACUUCGACCAGUACGGCGGGUACGUGACCGUCGAUGCGGAGAACGGCCGCGCGCUCUUCUACUACCUCGUGGAGUCGCCUUCCGGUGCCUCGGACAAGCCACUCGUCCUGUGGCUCAACGGAGUGACACUUCUUGCGUACACAGGGCCAGGAUGCUCGUCGCUGGGAUACGGCGCAAUGCAGGAACUUGGCCCGUUCCGCGUAACCGAGGACAACAAAACGCUCAGCAGAAACGUGAACGCCUGGAACAACGUGGCUAACGUGAUCUUCCUCGAGUCGCCUGCCGGUGUGGGAUAUUCCUACUCGAACACGUCUUCGGACUAUGAUCUCAGCGGAGACGAGAGAACCGCCGAUGAUGCCUACGUGUUUCUGGUGAAAUGGCUUGAGAGGUUCCCGGAGUACAAGGACCGCGCCUUCUACAUCUCCGGGGAGAGCUACGCCGGACACUACGUGCCGGAGCUCGCCGCCACCAUCCUGCUCCACAACACAUACAACAAUAGAACCGUCAUAAACCUUCAGGGUAUCUUGGUGGGCAAUCCAUACCUUGAUGGGAACCAGAAUAUUAAGGGGGCCGUUGACUACUUCUGGACCCACGCGGUGAUGUCCGAUGAGGUCUACGCCAAUAUCACCAAGAACUGCGACUUUGACAACUUGAAUGGUACAUUUACAGAUGCCGCCUGCAUGGGAGCGGCCGUGGCGUUCGACUCUGGCUACAUCGAUGGCUACAACAUAUACGCUCCGGUCUGCAUAGACGCACCCAAUGGAACGUAUUACCCCGCUGGCUACUUACCUGGGUAUGAUCCGUGCAGUUACUAUCCUACGGAUGCCUACCUCAAUGAUCCAGCGGUGCAGAUGGCUUUCCACGCUAGGACGACGAAGUGGUCAGGCUGCGCAAAUUUGAACUGGACAGAUGGGCCAAUGUCCAUGCUUCCAACCAUGAAAUGGUUGAUCGAAAGCAAGCUGCCGAUUUGGAUAUUCAGUGGUGAUUUUGAUUCUGUGUGCCCGCUGCCGGCGACGAGGUAUUCUAUCCAAGACAUGGCCCUCUCUGUGACCACUCCAUGGCGCCCAUGGACAGCAAAGGAGGAGGUUGGAGGAUAUGUUCAGCAGUACGCGGGGGGAUUCACAUUCCUAUCUGUGAGGGGAGCUGGCCAUAUGGUUCCAUCCUUCCAGCCUGAGAGGGCAUUGGUGAUGUUGAGCUCAUUCCUGCAAGGGGUGCUCCCACCUUACGUAGAACAGCAGUGA